AAUAUUCAGUCUUUAGGCUAGAAGAAAAUAUUUAGACUUACAAACAGACUUUCUUAACAACUGUUGAUUUGAUAUUGAAUCAUCUGAAUAAGCUCUUUUGAAGUGUGAAAUACCUUUCACAUUGAAGCUUACUUAUUCCAAGAAAAGAUAAUUUCAAAUAAGAUUGUGUCUGAGCACACCUAAACAUCAGUAAGAUCAUCAAAGACUACUAAGUUUUGCAAUAGUGCUGAAGCUUAUGAAAGAUUGUUACUUUCUAUAUAGAGUAAUCAUUAUUUUUCAGCACUUUUCAAAUAGAGUAAUAGAGUCUUGCAUUCUCACUCCAAUUAUUCAAAAGGUAGUUGGUAAAUAUCAUUAACCUAAUUUGACAGUUGAAAUAUUUGAGGCUUAUAGAGAUUAAGCUAUUUGUAGAACCCAUCUCUCUGAUAUUGGGUACCAUGUUUUGCCAUGAGACACCUCCUUAGUGAAUGAGACAAGUUAUGAGGACUAAAACAAAAUUUAAAUACACUUCACACACACAAAAGACAUAAAUAUGAAUAUUAAAUGGCAAAUCAUCAGCUGAAUAGUCCAAGUACAAACAUGGAGAAGCUUUACUGGGAUCACUUGCUAUGAAUAAUAUAAAGCCCUGUAAAAGGAAAAUUGGAGACCUUUCUUUGUGAGCUUAAUGUGUGGUCAAAUGUUUCUCUGUAUUAUAUUGAUCACAUUGUCAAUUUAUCCUGUCUCCUAGGCUUAUACAGCCAUAAAAAUAAAUGAAAGUCCUGUAUAUGUCCCUAACAGUAGGGUAGAUAUAUUCAUAUAUGUUCUCCCAAUUAAUUCGCAUAACAGUAUGUGAGGUGAAUAUUAUUAUCAUUUUAUGGAUGAUAAGAUUAAGAUGUAAGGUGCCAAGAAAUAUACCCCAGGUAAAAGAAGUUAUAGGUGGAAAAACGAGGAUUCUAAUCUGGUCUUUCUGAUUCUCAAACUAACACACUUAACUAUUGUGAUAAUGUUUUUUAACACUUUGCAGAAGUUUCUGGCUAGGGUCCCAUGCUUUGCAAGGGGAUCGAGGAGGAAUGGAUAGGGCUGAGGGAGAGGCUAAGCAAAAACAGCCCUUCAAUGAAUGUAAUACCACAUUUUUCUUAAUAUUUAGGAGUUUCAAUAUAUCAUUGUGUGUGUGUGUCUGUCUGCUGAUGAAGUUACUCAUAUAAACUUGUCUCUGAAGUUGUAUUAAAGUAAUUAUAAAAAUUAUGGCCAUAUCAAAGGGAAAUUACCAGUUCAACAUUGUUUAUUACAACAAUAUAAGGCAUGAGUUAAGACUUAGGGGGAAACAAUUAACAAGCAUAAUCUGAAACUUAAUAUUAGGUCCAGCCUUGAUUAUCUGCUCGAUCUUGGGAAGAACCUUAAUUUCUAUGUGCUUCUAUUUCCUAAUGUGUAAAAUAAGUGUAAAAAGACAAUAGUAACUAAUACAUAGGUUUUCAGUGAGGAUUCAAUAAGCAAAUGUCUGUAAAAGCACUUGAAACAUGCUGUGUUCAGUAAAUAUUAGUUAAUGUUAACACUAUAACUAUUAACAUUAGUCACUGAAAUUGUGUCCUCAUCUGUAAAAUUGAUAAAAUGAGAUCAUGUGUGCAAAGCACAUUCUACAAUGUCAUGCUCAUAGCAAUUAUUCAGAGGUGUAUAUUAUUAGCUAUUAUAAAGUUAAUAGGACUUAGACAAUAGAUUAUGAAUUCUUUUAUAGUAGCUCUUAUAUUCUUUCUUUACAUUUUAAUCACAAAUGCACUGUUAUUCUUAUGUCAACUUCUACAAAUAGUCUGCUAACUAAGUUCCAUUAUCUGGCUUCCAGCUCCUUACUGGAUCUCAGCCCACAUCAUAAAAAACACACAAAGACCUUCACUAGAGAAAUAUCCCAAGAAUCCCCCUUCUUCAGAUUCCUCUUUAUCAUUUCACUCAUAUUGUGCAUAACAUUUCACAUUUCAUUAUUUUCUUAAAAAAAAAAAAAAGAGAGAGAGCAAAUUUUGAGCUUUGCAUUCAUAUGCUUUACAUCUAUAUUCUAUAAUCUUUUCAGGCUUAGUUGCCACUAUGUGUGCAAUCACUCAACUUUCAGUCAUUUCAGAUGAUUAAGUGUUCACAGAUGGUCUCCUGCCUGUGUGCUACAAAAGUUUCUCAUGUCAAAACUCUCAGCACAGUCUUCACCAGGGAGGCAAUUUGAGUAAACCUCCAAAACUCAAAACUUUUUCCUAUCUCAGAAAAGAUCCUCAAAUCACAACCCAGUAGAAUCCAAGAAUUUAUUAUAUUACAUAUUACAGUGGAGAAGUUUAACAAAUUUAAAGAUGUGUUAAUAAAAAUUGUUUUCUUUUCAGGUAAUGUAAUUAACCAUCAUUUGAAAUACAUGGUGAAUAGAAACAAUGUGACAGAGUUUAUUCUAUUGGGGCUUACAGAGAAUCCAAAAAUGCAGAAAGUCAUAUUUGUUGUGUUUUCUGUCAUCUACAUCACCGCCGUGAUAGGAAAUGUGCUCAUUGUGGUCACCAUCACUGCCAGUCCAUCACUGAGAUCCCCCAUGUACUUUUUCCUGGCCUAUCUCUCCUUUAUUGAUGCCUGCUAUUCCUCUGUCAAUGGCCCUAAGCUGAUCACAGAUUCACUCUAUGAAAACAAGACUAUCUUAUUCAAUGGAUGUAUGACUCAAGUCUUUGGAGAACAUUUUUUCAGAGGUGUUGAGGUCAUCCUACUUACUAUAAUGGCCUAUGACCACUAUGUGGCCAUCUGCAAGCCCUUGCACUAUACCACCAUCAUGAAGCAGCAUGUUUGUAGCCUGCUAGUGGGAGUGUCAUGGGUAGGAGGCUUUCUUCAUGCAACCAUACAGAUCCUCUUCAUCUGCCAAUUACCUUUCUGUGGUCCUAAUGUCAUAGAUCACUUUAUGUGUGAUCUCUACACUUUGAUCAAUCUUGCCUGCACUAAUACCCACACUCUAGGACUCUUCAUUGCUGCCAACAGUGGGUUCAUAUGCCUGUUAAACUGUCUCUUGCUCCUGGUCUCCUGUGUGGUCAUACUGUACUCCUUAAAGACCCACAGCUUAGAGGCAAGGCACGAAGCCCUCUCUACCUGUGUCUCCCACAUCACAGUUGUCAUCUUAUCCUUUACACCCUGCAUAUUUGUGUACAUGAGACCUCCAGCUACUUUACCCAUUGAUAAAGCAGUUGCUGUAUUCUACACUAUGAUAACUCCUAUGUUAAACCCCUUAAUCUACACCUUGAGGAAUGCUCAGAUGAAAAAUGCCAUUAGGAAAUUGUGUAGUAAGAAAGCUAUUUCAAGUGUCAAAUAAAUGUGACUGGAGCCCAACAUGAUUCAACUGAGGCAAGGGUCAAAAGGACAUUUUGGGUAAUGUCAGC